AUGUCAAAUAUUGUGGGUAUUGAAUACAACCGUGUAACGAAUACAACCUCCACGGAUUUUCCUGGUUUUUCGAAGGAUGCAGAAAAUGAGUGGGAUGUGGAGAAAUUUAGAGAGGGCUUCGAAGUUAAUAUUUCGUCAUUAGAUGCAAGAGAAGCAAAUUUCGAUUUGAUAAACAUUGACACAUCAAUUGCAAAUGCCUUUCGUCGUAUAAUGAUUUCUGAAGUUCCAUCUGUGGCUGCUGAAUACGUUUAUUUUUUUAACAACACAUCUGUCAUCCAAGAUGAGGUUUUAGCUCAUAGAAUAGGUUUGGUUCCAUUGAAAGUUGAUCCAGAUAUGCUCACAUGGGUUGAUAGUAAUUUGCCGGACGAUGAAAAGUUUACGGAUGAAAAUACUAUCGUUUUGAGUUUGAACGUGAAAUGCACAAGGAAUCCAGAUGCACCAAAGGGAUCUACAGAUCCCAAGGAACUAUAUAAUAAUGCCCAUGUCUAUGCUCGUGAUUUGAAGUUUGAACCCCAGGGUAGACAAUCUACUACCUUUGCUAAUUGUCCAGUUGUUCCAGCUGAUCCUGAUAUCUUAUUAGCCAAACUAAGGCCUGGUCAAGAAAUUUCGUUGAAGGCACAUUGCAUUUUAGGUAUUGGUGGUGAUCAUGCUAAAUUUUCACCAGUUUCCACCGCUUCUUAUAGAUUAUUACCUCAAAUCAAUAUCCUACAGCAAAUCAAAGGUGAAAGUGCUAAAAGGUUCCAAAAAUGCUUCCCACCAGGUGUCAUUGGCAUUGAUGAGAGUUCAGAUGAAGCUUAUGUUAAAGAUGCUAGAAAGGAUACAGUUUCCAGAGAAGUUUUAAGAUACGAAGAGUUUGCUGAUAAAGUCAAAUUAGGGAGAGUUAGAAACCACUUUAUCUUCAACGUAGAAAGCGCUGGUGCCAUGACACCAGAAGAAAUAUUUUUCAAGUCCGUUAGAAUUUUGAAAAAUAAAGCUGAGUACUUGAAAAACUGUCCAAUUACUCAAUAA